AUGAGGAAGAAGCUGCUGGUGGACGUGGACUGCGGCGUGGAUGACGCACAGGCUAUCAUGCUGGCGCUGGCAGCCCCAAAUGUGGAUCUGCUAGGGGUGACAUGCGUGCAUGGGAACACCACGGUGGAGAACGUGUGCAGGAACACACUACGUGUUUUGCAGGCUUGCGACAGGCUUGAGAUUCCGGUGUUCAAAGGUGCUGCCAAGCCCCUCCUUGGCAACACAAUAAACGCUAGCCACUUCCACGGACAGGACGGCCUCGGUGACGCACCCGACCCGAACGCUCCCGGACUGGACCUGGUGCAGGAUGAGGGCGCAGUGUCGGCCAUGAUCAGAAUUGUCAACGAGAAUCCGGGAGAGGUAUCCUUGGUUGCUAUGGCGCCACUCACAAACCUGGCUUUGGCCGUGAGGUUGGAUCCAUCCUUACCGAAUAAGCUGCGAGGGCUCUACAUCAUGGGAGGCAACACUGAAUCUCGAGGGAACACCACAGUGUGCGGAGAGUUCAACUUCGCAGCUGAUCCAGAGGCGGCAUACAUCGUGCUGAAUGACUAUCAGUGUCCCACCUACUUGGCAUGCUGGGAGUUUACGUGCUACAGCAAACUGUCCUGGGAGUUCUGCGACACCUGGUUGGCGCAGGAAACGCACAAAGCUCGCUUCAUGGCGCGCAUCUUCCGCCACAGCAUGGAGGCAUCGAUCAGCGAACGCUCAAAAAAAGAGUUCGUGGGCGGCAGCGGCUUCGUGUCAUGCGACUCGUACGCUGUGGCCGCCGCGGUAGACGACGCAUUCGUCACAGAGAGCGACCGCUGCACAGUCACCGUGGAACUGACGGGCACGCACACUCGAGGCAUGAUGGUGGUGGAUACGCUGGGCCUUCUUAACAAGUCUCACAAGGCUGUCAUCAUGAAAAAGGUUGACAUGGAGAAGUUUAAGGAGAUGAUGAUGGCAGCCUUGAAAUAA